CCGAGCAGGACUUUACUACUUUACUUAACAAGGUGGUUCGAGCCAACUCUGUGUCUUGCGGGUCUUUGUGAAAGUGAACCAGUUAUUGGGGGGCGCCUAAGGACCUGGGGGUCAACUAAGGGGACCGUGGCAUGUUUCAGGCAGGAUUCCUCCUUCCUUCAAACUGCAUCACUCAGGAGUCUGCAAAUUCCCCAAAGUAGGAGGAAAAAUGACCACAUUCAAGAUUACCAAGACUGUGGGAAUAUUUAUAACCUGCUCUUGGCCAUGAUAAAGAGAAGCAAAGUACUUGUAUUCUGUUCAAAGAUUAUGGAGGAGGCAGUGACCUUCAAGGAUGUGGCUGUGUUCUUCACUGAGGAGGAGCUGGGGCUACUGGACCCUGCCCAGAGGAAGCUGUACCGAGAUGUGAUGCUGGAGAACUUCAGGAACCUGCUCUCAGCAGGGCAUCAACCAUUCCACCAAGAUACUUUCCACUUCCUAAGGGAAGAAAAGUUUUGGAUGAUGGAGACAGUAACCCAAAGAGAAGGGAAUUCAGGAGGCAAGAUCCAAACUGAGUUGGAGUCUGUUCCAGAAGCAGGAACACAGGAAGAGUGGUCCUGCCAGCAAAUCUGGGAACAAAUUGCAAAAGAUUUAACCAGGUCUCAGGACUCUAUCAUAAAUAAUUCUCAGUUCUUUGAAAAUGGUGAUGUCCCCUCCCAGGUUGAAGUGGGACUGCCCACAAUUCACAUAGGACAGAAACCUUCCCAGGGUGGGAAGUGUAAACAGUCCUUCAGUGAUGUUUCCAUCUUUGAUCUUCCUCAGCAGUUAUACUCAGGAGAGAAGUCUCAUACAUGUGAUGAGUGUGGAAAAAGCAUCUGUUACAUCUCAGCUCUUCAUGUUCAUCAGAGGGUCCACAUGGGAGACAAACUCUUUACGUGCGAUGUGUGUGGCAAGGAAUUUAGUCAAAGCUCACAUCUGCAGACUCAUCAGAGAGUCCACACUGGAGAGAAACCAUUCAAAUGUGAGCAGUGUGGGAAAGGUUUCAGUCGUAGAUCAGCACUGAAUGUUCAUCAAAAAUUACACACAGGAGAGAAACCUUACAUUUGUGAGGCAUGUGGGAAGGCCUUCAUUCAUGAUUCCCAGCUUAAGGAACAUAAGAGAAUCCAUACUGGGGAGAAGCCAUUCAAAUGUGACAUAUGUGGUAAGAGCUUCCAUUUUAGGUCAAGACUUAAGAGCCAUUUCAUGGUUCACACAGGAGAAAAACCAUUUAGGUGUGAUACAUGUGAUAAGAGCUUUCAUCAGAGAUCAGCACUUAAUAGGCAUUGCAUGGUCCACACAGGAGAGAAACCGUACAGAUGUGAGCAGUGUGGAAAAGGCUUCAUUGGUAGGCUAGAUUUUUAUAAGCAUCAGGUGGUCCACACAGGAGAGAAACCAUAUAAUUGUAAAGAAUGUGGGAAGAGCUUCAGAUGGUCCUCAUGCCUUUUGAACCAUCAGCGAGUCCACAGUGGAGAAAAAAGCUUCAAAUGUGAAGAAUGUGGGAAGGGAUUUUAUACAAAUUCACAACUGUCUUCCCAUCAGAGAUCCCACAAUGGUGAAAAACCAUAUAAAUGUGAGGAAUGUGGGAAGGGCUACGUUACUAAGUUUAAUCUUGACUUGCACCAGAGGGUCCACACGGGAGAGAGACCUUAUAAUUGUAAGGAAUGUGGGAAGAGCUUUAGCCGGGCCUCAAGUAUUUUGAAUCAUAAGAGACUCCACUGCCGGAAAAAACCCUUCAAAUGUGAGGACUGUGGAAAGAGGCUUGUACACAGGACAUACCGUAAAGACCAACUGAGAGACUACAGUGGGGAAAACCCAUCCAAAUGUGAGGAUUGUGGGAAACGCUACAAGAGGCGCUUGAAUCUAGAUAUACUUUUAUCGUUAUUUCUAAAUGACACAUAAUUAUUCAUAUUUAUGGGGUACAAUGUGGUUUUAAUGUGUGCAUAUAAUUUAUAGUGAUCAAAUCAGUGUAAUUGGUGUAUCUAUCACCUCAAAUAUUUACCAUUUCUUUGUGUUGGAAAAUUCAAAAUCCAUUUAAGAGGAGUUAGUAGACAGCAAGGGAAGGGUCCCUGGAGAGCCCCCACCGCAUGGGUCAGUGCCUCAUCCCCACAUAACAUAAAAAGCAGCCUGGGGAAGAAAAUCAAGCUACAGGCACGGAUAAGGGAACUAGCACAGGGGAUUGUGCCUGGAGACAUGCCCAUGGCUGCACAGAUAGAAGAACCUCCAGCUCACUCAGGUAAAAACUCGCACAAACCUCUGGCUCACUCAGUUAAGGGAACAAGACCUGACACAGAAAUGCCUUUGUCCUUUGUAUAAUCAGCAGGCUCCCAGGAAAAAGUUUCUUCUUUUAUGGGCAUGAACAUAGUGGGUUUCAGUAGGUUCAGGUUGGCACUUUCCUUUGUGGAAAAGGAAAAGCCCAGGCUCUAUAAAUCAUCGCUUCAGCUCCUGAUUGGUCCCAGGCCAAGCUGA